AGGACAAUCUGUUGAUUUGAACUCUUCAUCAGAUGGUGUUUAUCGAACAUCGGGUGGAGAAGCUAUAGUUGCUGAUUGCCAUUUUAUUUGCAUUGGAAAAUCAAUUGGUUCGUCAUGGCUAAAAGAAACUAUCUUGAAGGAUAGUUUGGAUACCCAAGGAAGGCUAAUGGUUGAUUCAAAUUUGAGGGUCAAAGGUCACAACAAUAUUUUUGGUAUUGGGGAUAUCACUGAUAUUCCGGAACUUAAACAAGGUUAUUUGGCUCAAAGUCAUGCAAAGAUAGCUGCCAAGAACAUCGCGUUGUUAACAAAGGGAGCAAAAGAUGAGAAAUUGGCUAUGUACAAGCCAGCCACUAAGGCACUUGCCAUAGUUUCUCUAGGGAGAAAAAAAGCAGUGGCUCGGUUCCCUUGUUUCUCUAUUGCUGGACGCGUCCCAGGCAUGAUAAAAUCUGGGGAUUUAUUUGUUGGGAAUACACGGAAGGGACUCGGUGAUGUUUAGCUGACUCGUAUGUAUUGAUAUACGGAUCUUUUACAAGUCGCUAUAUGAGUUGGACUUCAACCAGUUUGUACUUAAUGGGUGUCCACCACUGUGGUGCAAGGGCAGUUUCUGUAAGGGUUACUCUUCGAUCAAGGGAGGCUUUCGUAAUACCUUUCAACAAGGGAUACAUCAACACCGAUGACAAAUAGAAGCAUGCCUUCACAUCCUCAUCCUACUCCAGCAGUUUUUUCAUGGGUUCGGAUGUCUUCAACAAGGAACUGUAGUCCUCUUUUUGGGUAACUUUUGCGUACUAGAAAAGGAUGGGAUUUAUUUUUGGGCUCCAAAUCACUAUGUUUUGACUCAAUAUGAAGCACGUUCAGCAGCUUUAGAAGCCAUCACACUCCUACAGAUUUAUCGGGAACGAAAAGUGCUGCUUCCAGUUAAGUUUCACCACAUUUCUUUCAAAAUCGUGAUUGUUAAGUUGGAGUUGAGGUUAAGAUAUCUAUUGUAGCAAUGUAGCGACUAAUUUUUUUGGGAACCAAUUCUUUCAUAAAAUCUGCUACAUUUGGAGAAAUUUAGCAUCAUCGUGCCUGUUCUCUAUCUAUUGUGUGACUAUUCUUUCUGUAUCUAUUAUGCUUUGUGCCAGUGUUCAUCUGUGGGUGAUAUGAAUGCCAUGGUGAAAAAAGCAUUAGUUAUCCACUGGUAAUAUCUGUAAUUUGGUAUGGAGUUCGAGAAAGUGUUUUACUUUGCCUGGUUUUGGUUUGGCCUUCACAAGGACUUUUAAGGAAGUGUUCAAUUUGUUUUUUUGAUUUUGAUUUGACACGGUAAAACUAAAGACAGGUGGAAUAUUCCUCUGAUCUCAAAUGUACCAUGUGAAAAGAAAGGUGGAAACUUCAAAUCAAAAAGUUGGGAGAAAAGGAAGUUGAAACUUGAGACGUACUAUGUGGAAACUUCAAAGCUUUUACUUCCUUACUGUUGAACUUGUUCAUCCAUAAUUAUUCUUAGAAAUUAUUAUUAUUCUCAGUAAUUGAUUUGUGGUAAAGCAUUGUUGGGAUGUUAACAAACAGAGAAAUUUGUUAAUGAUAAAUUGUUACGGAAGUCUCUUAGGCGCGACAAAGAAGCAUUAAAAAGGUAUGUUUCUGUUUUUUAUGUACUGGUUUGAGUGUAAGAAGCAUGAAAUUGGACUUGAAUUUCAAUUCAGGUACCGACUUCCAUAAAGCUCUGAGAAGUGGAUUUUUUUUUUAUUUAGAGGUGAACUUAUGGGUACAUGAUUUUCCGUGCUUUCUGAUUCUUAUCUGCAGUUUGGUUGAUCUCCGUUCAUCAAUGGACAUGAAUACGUUUUUCUAACACUAUUAUAUUCAAAUUCUGGGAUUAGAAUUGAAAAAAGAGCUUUUGGCAACUGUCAGUACUAAUAUGUGGUGAUGAGGUAUACCGUUGUGGGUUACAAAUCUUGUAAAGUUGUGAAGUGAAUUUAAAAGUUUCAUAUGCUUGCCUUUUGAAAGAAAAAAAAAAAGAGGAAGCAUGGCAUAUAAGUCUUCGUGUUAACGAGUAAAUGAUCAUGGCAUAUAAGCCUUCAGGUUUUGUAAUCUUUGCUGUUAAAAUUUGAUUCAAUGAGUGUGGCUUUAGAGGUAUCAUCAUGUUGAA